AUGGUAAGUGCUGUACAGAGCAUUUUGACCAUCGUUGUAACAGCAGAGUUUGUUGUUGGAAAUUUUGCCAAUGUCUUUAUAACUCUGGUGAACUGCACUGACUGGGUGAAGAGAAAAAGGAUCUCCUCAGUUGAUCGAAUUCUCACUGCUCUGGCUGUGUCCAGGAUUGGUUUGCUUUGGGUAAUGUUCCUAAGUUGGUCUUUCACUCUGUUUAAUCCAGCUCUAAAGAGUGGAAUGAUUGCUCAUUUUUUCUGGACAAUAACCAACCAUUUUAGCACCUGGAUUGCUACUAGCCUCAGUGUAUUUUAUUUGCUCAAAAUAGCCAGUUUUUCCAACCUUAUUUUUCUUCACCUGAAGAAGAGAGGUAACAACAUUAUUGUACUGAUACUGCUGUGGUGUUUGGUAUUACUUGUUUCUAAACUGGUAAUUUCUGUAUAUGACAUAACAGGGCUGAAAGAGCACAAAGGAAAUCUGACUUGGAAGAGAGAGCUGGGGAACACUGUCUACCUUCCAAUCAGGGGUGCACUCACUGUAGUGUACUUCAUACCCAUUAUUAUAUCCAUCGUCUGUUUUCUGUUGUUAAUCUAUUCCCUUCGUAAACAUCUUAGACAGAUGCACCAGCACAGCAAAGGAUCUCAAGAUAUCAGCACUGAGGUCCAUGUGAAGGCUUUGAAAACUGUAAUCUCCCAUCUUUUGUUACUUAUCAUGUACUGUUUGUCUAUCCUCAUAUCGCAUUGGAACUUUACUAUACUUCAGAAUGAAUCAGUUUUCUUGCUUUCCAAGAUUACUGUAAUCUUAUAUCCUUCAAGCCAUUCGUGUAUCUUGAUUUGGGGAAACAGGAAACUGAAACAGGCGUUUAUGUUGGGUGUGCAGCAGGCGAGGUGCUGGCUGAAGGAAAAGGAACCUUCAAGUCCUUAUCAACAAGAAUGA